ACCAGCUUCGUGUUGGGGGAUUCCACCUGGAUCAAGUAAAGGACAAAGGGUUUCAGCAACCGUGGCCGUCUAUCUAGGGUUCCUCAGUAUCAGCUCUCCUUGCCAUCAACUAAUUAAUCAACUGCUAAGAAAGAUGGAUUCGUUCUCUUCUCCGUCAAGCGGAUCGCCGUCACAAUUUUCGACUGGAAAUGUGAUGGAUGAGAUAAAAAAUCAGCUCGCACAAGCUUAUUUUGAGCAAUUCAUCGAGACUGUGAGAGACAAAUGUUUUGAAAAAUGUAUCACCAAGCCAGGGAGUAGCUUGAGUGGGAGUGAGAGUAGUUGCAUCUCCAGGUGUGUUGAACGAUAUGUUGAGGCGACCGGGAUCGUCGGCAAAGCUCUCUUCAGCCAGCCCCGUUGAAACAAUUGACGCGUUAAGGGUGAUGUCAUCAUGGUUUAGACCACAUCUAUCUUGUAGAUUAUUU